AAACCAACUGGCUACCUUGAUGGAUAUGAUGUUGCGUUUUAAUCGUGUAUUUUGUCAAUGGCGGUACGGCUCUCGAUGGAGAAAGCUUGGGACUCCUAAAUUAGGAAAGUGAAAGAGAAAUGGAUCAUCACUUCUUGCGGCUUUAGCCAUGUUUUUAGCUUCUUGAAACUCAUGCGUGCAAGCUAUUCUUUCGGUUUUGUAUAAUCUGUGUUCUGUGUGUAUGAAACUUUUCUAUAAAUCGUCAGUCUUUCUGCUUCACGGUUGUGUGAAGAUCAUGGGAGGGCACAUGAGCAAAAAAUCCGGGGAGACUUCGAACGAUCUGCAGUGCAGAACAGAUCUGAUCAGUUCGUAUGAAGCAGCCUGCGAGCUUGAUGCGGAUUUGCAGACAUUUGAUUCGACAUUGCAGGCGAGAACGAAUCAUGUGAUUAGUACAUUGGCUGUGGGGGUUGAGGUUAGAGCAUUGUCGUUUGAUUCGUUGAAGGAGGUGACAGGAUGUUUGCUGGAUAUGAACAAGGAGGUGGUGAAAGUGAUCCUGGAGUGCAAGAAGGACAUAUGGAGGAACCACGAGCUUUUUGAGCUGGUGGAGGAGUACUUUGAGAACAGCCUCAAGAGUCUGGACUUCUGCGCCGCCUUAGACAAGUGUCUGAAGCGAGCACGCGAGAGCCAGCUCUUGAUUCACCUCGCGCUAAAGGAGUUCGAGGAGGAGAGUGGAGGAAUUGAUGGGAGCAAUAACAAGUAUGAAAGGACUCUGGAGGAGCUGAAGGGGUUCAGGGCUUCUGGGAACCCUUUCACAGAGGAGUUCUUCCAGAUUUUCCAAUCUGUGUAUGUGCAGCAAGCCCUGAUGCUUGAGAAAUUGCAGUCAAGGAAGAACAAGCUGGACAAGAAGCUCAGGUACAUCCAUGCCUGGAGAAAGGUCUCCAGCGUGAUGUUUGCCGCCACCCUGGCCGCUGUUCUCAUAUGCUCAGUGGUGACUGCCGCCAUUGCCUCCCCAGCCGUUGCAGGCGCACUGGCAGCCGCCACUGCCAUCCCCAUCGGCUCGAUGGGGAAAUGGAUCGAUUCCCUGCUCAAGAACUAUGAGGAUGCCAUCAAAGGACACAAGGAAAUCAUCAGCUCUAUGCAAGUUGGGACCUAUAUUACCAUCAAAGAUUUGGACACCAUCAAGGUCCUAGCUGAUAGGUUGGAACUCGAGAUCGAAUCCCUCCUGAACACCACCAGUUUCGCCAUUAAUGAAGCUGCUGUGAAGGUUGGCAUCGAAGAGAUCAGGAAGAAACUGGAUUUGUUCAUGAAGAAUGUUGAAGAUUUAGGUGUUCAAGCUGACAAUUGCAGCAGGGACAUACGGAGGGCUAGGACAGUUAUACUGCAGCGAAUCAUCAAACACCCCAACCAUUAAGGAACAAGGAUGGGAAUAUGAGACUGUUUUGCAGAGAACCAUCAAGGAAUAAGGAUCAUCACCAUUAUAUAUACUACCUAGUACUCUGUUUUUUUACCUCAAAUAAGGAUAUUAUACUUGUCCAUUGCAAUUGGCAUUAAAGAACUCAAGUGUUUAUUGUAAUUUUUAUAUCAUAUAUGUUUCGAACACCACCAUACCUAAGCAAGCUAUUAUUUCAAACACCAA